GACAAUACUAAAAUUUGCUUGUAAUCUUCGGUUGUAUCGAGAAUUUUGAUAUAUUUUAGUACAUUUCUACGGGAUAUAAUUAAUAAUUCACCAUGCCGGACCAUUUGGGAGACGACAUGCGAAAAACCAAAGAUCAAAAAGAGGAGCCCGAAAAGGAAAUAAAAGCCCUCGAUGAAGGAGAUAUCGCCCUACUAAAAACCUACGGACAAGGGCAAUACACCAAAACCAUCAAAACGUGCGAAGAGGACAUUCAAACUAUCAUCAAACGCGUAAACGAACUGACCGGUAUAAAAGAAUCAGACACCGGUUUGGCCCCGCCCGCUCUGUGGGAUUUGGCAGCGGACAAGCAAACGUUGCAGAACGAACAGCCACUGCAAGUGGCCCGUUGCACUAAAAUCAUCAACGCCGAUACGGACGAUCCCAAAUACAUCAUCAACGUGAAACAAUUCGCUAAAUUCGUGGUGGAUUUGGCCGAUUCCGUCGCCCCCACGGACAUCGAAGAGGGCAUGAGAGUCGGGGUCGAUCGAAACAAGUACCAAAUUCACAUACCGCUACCGCCCAAAAUCGAUCCUACAGUUACUAUGAUGCAGGUGGAAGAGAAACCGGACGUUACUUACAGCGAUGUGGGCGGUUGCAAAGAGCAAAUCGAGAAGUUACGAGAAGUCGUAGAGACUCCGCUAUUGCACCCCGAGAAAUUCGUGAAAUUGGGCAUCGAACCGCCGAAAGGAGUGCUGCUGUUCGGGCCCCCGGGCACCGGUAAAACGCUUUGCGCCAGGGCCGUCGCCAACAGGACCGAUGCCUGUUUCAUAAGGGUCAUCGGUUCGGAAUUGGUACAAAAGUACGUGGGAGAAGGCGCCAGAAUGGUGAGGGAACUGUUCGAAAUGGCGCGAUCCAAGAAGGCCUGUUUGAUAUUCUUCGAUGAAAUCGACGCCAUCGGCGGGGCCAGGUUCGAUGACGGAGCGGGCGGUGAUAACGAAGUGCAACGUACGAUGUUGGAAUUGAUCAACCAGCUGGACGGGUUCGAUCCGCGAGGAAACAUCAAAGUUCUGAUGGCGACUAACCGACCGGAUACGCUCGAUCCUGCUCUGAUGAGACCCGGUCGAUUGGAUCGCAAAGUCGAAUUCGGUCUGCCCGAUUUGGAAGGACGUUCUCACAUAUUUAAAAUUCACGCGAGAUCGAUGUCGGUCGAAAGGGACAUUCGUUUCGAAUUGUUGGCUAGAUUGUGUCCGAAUUCGACCGGAGCCGAAAUUAGAAGCGUUUGCACCGAAGCCGGCAUGUUUGCGAUAAGAGCAAGAAGGAAAGUUGCGACGGAAAAGGACUUUUUAGAGGCUGUCAAUAAGGUCAUUAAAUCGUACGCCAAGUUCUCCGCAACGCCGCGUUAUAUGACUUACAAUUAGAUCGUUUUCAUCGUGAUGGUGAUGAGGAUGAUGAAAGGAGUGUAUUUUGUGGUUAUUUUCGAUUAUUUAAUUACAUUUUUUUAGUAAU